AUGUCUCGAGUAUUUCUGGAUUCUGAGGGUGCUGUGGCUAGGAGUGGUGUGAGUACAAUGCUUGGAAAUCGUCGUUUCUUAGCAACACAACGUCCGUCAAACGGAAAAAAGCGGGUUGACAUCGUGUAUCGUUCAAAAUGGAUCACGAAUAAUUUUGUAGUAGGAGACCCCUUGGGAGCAGGUUCAUUCGGAAAGGUGUGGACUGUUGAAUGCCGUAAAAAGCCCGCUCAGUUGUUUGCAUUGAAGGUCCCCGCUCCCGGAUUUAAUCCCAAACAUAUUGCUAUGGAACUGAAGGUUAUGCGGACGAUAUCAGGCGGGCCAAAUGUUGUCGAGUUCAUAGCCGCGUAUCGCGAAUUAGAUCGAGUGUUUGUAGUAAUGAAUUAUUUCCCUCAUGAUGAUAUUUUCAGCCUUAUUCACAAAAUUCCACUCGAAGAAGCCCUUGAAUAUAUGCGCAAUCUUUUCAUAGCCCUGCAUCAUAUUCAUCGUUAUCGAGUGAUUCAUCGAGACAUCAAACCAGCCAACUUUCUGUACAAUCGAGCAGAACGAAGGUACCUUCUAGUUGACUUUGGUUUGUCGCAUUUCGUCACUUCAACUUCAUCACGAAAGCAUUCUUCGGGUAAUUCGCCGUCAUUGAAAGAGAAUGUUGUUAUUCCGAGUCCGACUGGGCCGCCACCCGCGCGACUCAGUGACGACGUUUUAAUGCCCACACGUCCACCAUUCAUCAAACAUCCAAAGUGUGGGUGUACAUCCUUUGCUGAUGUAUGUGAUAUUUGCAAGGAGCUUCCCGUUAAGCAUGUCAAUAAGGCUGGAACACCGGGUUAUCGAGCACCAGAAAUUUUGUUGCGGUUCGAUGAGCAAACAACAGAAAUAGAUAUUUUCGCAGCAGGAGUGACAAUGCUCUCCUUCCUGUUGAAAAAACAUCCAGUAUUUCGCCCAGCCAAUGACGUUGAAGCCUUGGCUCAGAUGGCAACGUUUCUUGGCAGCUCUGCUUUAGUAAAGGCACGCAACUUCGGCAAGGAUAUUCGUGAUGCGGAGAAUUGCAAGCCAGGAUGUAAAUCGUGCAUGACACUUAUUUAUCAGAAUAACUCUGGAUUUUGUUUCUGUAAGCAUUCGGAACGAGAGUCGAUGAACCAACUGGUGGGCGCAGAGCGAGUCGCUUUUGAAGUGCUAACUCAUUGCUUAGAUCCGAAUCCACUGCGGCGGUACACAGCCCGUAUGCUUGCGGACCUGAUAGGUUCUGCAUUUGGGAAACCUAAGUUA